CAGAUUGUCCAAUCCUAUACCAGGGUGGAGGCAUAGAAAACGGCCACGUAUCAAACGCGGAGAGACGCAGACGGAGUCCGAAACUCUUAAGUCUUACCUAUCAUCUUUCCCAUGUUACCGAAGACUAAUUAAUCCUUUUAUUUUAUUAAGGUUAAAGAGAAAGAGCUAGGGAAACUAGAUGGCUGCACCACCAGCGAGGGCUCGUGCUGAUUAUGAUUUUCUCAUCAAGCUGCUUUUGAUUGGUGAUAGCGGUGUGGGGAAGAGUUGUUUGCUUCUGCGGUUUUCUGAUGGUUCUUUCACAACAAGUUUUAUCACUACUAUUGGCAUUGAUUUUAAGAUAAGGACCAUUGAGCUUGAUGGCAAACGAAUCAAAUUGCAAAUCUGGGAUACAGCUGGUCAGGAGCGGUUUCGAACCAUCACAACAGCUUAUUACCGCGGAGCCAUGGGGAUUCUGCUGGUGUAUGAUGUUACUGACGAGGCAUCUUUCAAUAAUAUAAGGAACUGGAUUCGCAAUAUUGAACAACAUGCUUCUGACAAUGUCAAUAAGGUACUGGUUGGCAACAAGGCAGACAUGGACGAAAGCAAAAGGGCUGUUCCUACAUCUAAGGGUCAAGCUCUUGCUGAUGAGUAUGGCAUCAAGUUCUUUGAAACUAGUGCAAAGACUAAUUUGAAUGUGGAGGAGGUUUUCUUUUCGAUUGCGAAGGAUAUUAAGCAAAGGCUUGCAGAAUCUGAUUCCAAGGCUGAGCCUCAGACAAUCAAAAUAAACCAACCUGAUGCAGCGGCAAGUGGUGAUCAAGCUGUCCAGAAGUCAGGUUGCUGUGGUUCAUAAAGGGAACCCAAAGAUAUGACUUGAGGGAGAAGAUUCUGCUUGUGGCAGCCAUUGCAGGGUAAUUCUUAUUGUGAUGACACUGUGGUUGGUGCAUGUAUUUAUCCCUCUGCUAUUUUUUCCUGUUACCGGCAUUAGUAUGUUAAAGGUAGCGAUUUUCACAAUCAGUCUGUGGAAUUUACCAUAUUGCAGUCUUUUUUCUUUGUCUUUUUCUUCUGCAUCUUUUCCAAUUUGGAAGUCCAACUCAGUUGACGCUUGAAUGUAUUACUUGCUCUUGGUGUAGAUAGAUAAUGAAAACUUGGCUCAUUUCUGUUGCAAGAAA